GUGGAUACUGCAGAGAUCUGUCUGUACCAGCAGCAUCGAUUUUGCUCGAAGCCGGAAUGAAUUGAAUUUGAUUCUUCAACUUUUGCAGCAUCAUUUAUACAGCUGCUGCAAAUAUCUAAUUCUAGUCCACUCAAGAAAAGAAAUAGUGGGUGAGGGUUCAAUUCAGUCAAGUAACCAUGGAAAGCAGUGGUGGGAACAAGAGAGUACAUGUGGUGGCGAUGCCAUAUCCAGGAAGAGGACACAUGAAUGCUAUGAUGAACUUCUGUAAGCAUUUAACAGCCAAAUUUUCAAUAAAGGAUGAUAUAAGAAUCAGUUUUGUUGUUACAGAAGAGUGGCUCAGUUUCCUUGAGUCGGAGUCCAGAUUACCGCCUCAGAUUCAGCUUCGUUCGAUUCCGAAUGUGAUACCGUCCGAAUUGGUGCGAGGAUUGGACCAUAGUGGUUUUUUUCAAGCUGUCCAAACAAAGAUGGAAGAUCCAUUUGAGAAGUUGCUGGACCAGUUACAACAAGAGGGUGAUCCUGGCGUCUGGGUCAGAGCUAUCAUAGCUGACACCAUAUUACCAUGGGCAGUUUCUGUUGGGAACCGGAGGAGUAUUCCAGUGGUUUCUCUUUGGCCAAUGUCGCCUUCAGUAUUCUCUAUUAACUAUCACAUGGAUCUUCUUGCGCAGAAAGGUCUUGACCCAGUUGAUUUCUCUCCAGAUGAGCUAAUAAACUACAUUCCUGGAGUUUCACCCAUAAUAUUAGCUGGCAUGCCAGCGUCACAAGAACGGUCUCUCAAACGAUCCUUUAUUUUGGAAGCUGUCUCUGCAGUUCGUAAAACACACUGUCUUCUUCUUACUACCUACUAUGAGUUAGAGCCUCAAGUUACAAAAGCUUUAAUGGAAGUACUUCCUGUACCUGUGUACCCUGUUGGCCCUUCAAUACCUCUCCCUAUGACACUGGAGGAUGAGAAUGACAAAAGAAAUAUCAAUAGCAAAGUGAACACGGAGGAGUACUACUUGAAAUGGCUAGACGCGCAGCCAGGAAGCUCUGUCCUGUAUGUCUCAUUUGGUAGUUUUUUGUCAGCUGCUAGUGAACAAAUGGAAGAAAUUUUGGCUGGGCUACGGGAAAGUGGCAUUCGAUACUUGUUGGUUUCACACGGUGGAAAAGAUCCUAUCGAUAACAAUAAUAUAGAUAGUUCUCGAAGUUUAGUAGUUCCUUGGUGUGACCAAUUGAAGGUCCUUUGUCAUUCAUCCGUUGGGGGAUUCUGGACCCAUUGUGGGUGGAACUCGACUCUUGAAGGAGUUUAUGCGGGUGUACCUAUGCUUACUUAUCCAGUUGGCUUUGAUCAAAUCACUAACAGAACACUAAUUUUGGAUUGUUGGAGAAUUGGGAUGAAAAUAAUGAAAGAAGUUGGAGCAGAAAGAUUGGUUAAUAGAGAAGAAAUCGCUUUGAUUGUGAAGAAGUUCAUAAACAUCAACGGAGACGAUGAAGAGAGUAACGAGAUGAGGACUAGAGCUAGUGAAUUUAACAAGAGUUGCAGACAAGCGUUGGCAGAGGGCGGUUCCUCUACUGCCAACCUCGACAAUUUUAUUAGAAACAUUCUGGAAUACCACGGUAACUAGUUGAUUUAAGCUGAACAGCAUAUUGCUGUUUGUGGCUUUUACUACGUGUGGGCUGUCUGUAUUUCCAUAUCAUGUUCGAAUGAAAUAAAGGUAGAAGUCAACGACUUCGUAAUGAGUGUAAUUGGCUGGCGAAAGCUAGAUGAGACUAGUAAUUAUAACACGAAAUCAUUGGUAAACUGAA